AAAAUUCUCAUGAAAAAUCCAAACAUUAUUGGUAACUGGAAUCAGCUUUACAAGAUCUUAGUCAAAAAGAUUGAACUAUCUAAAGCUUUCAAAGUAUACUUUCCAAACAAAAAACUAAUAGAAAAUAACGAGUCUCUGAAACAUCAUGUGAAUAAUUUUGAGAAUAGAACUACAAGAUCUAUCUUGAGACAUUUUAACAUUUAUCCUGAAAAUUCCCCCAAAAAGACCUACAAUGCUCUUUUUAAAAAAGUUAAAGAAGAAAUCAUUAAAAUAAUCCAGAGAAUGAUCAUAGACGAAGAGCCAAAGCCAACGCCAGAGAAACUCAAGGAAUUAAUCAUAAACAAGAUAGAGCUUAAAAAAUGCCCUAGCUACAUUUCUGAUCCACUCAUUUCUUCUCUUAAAAAAUCCAAAACCUCAUCUACUAUAGAAAGGUCAGGUUGCCGUGAUCUUUCUCUUCUUACCCAACUCCUUCCAUCUUCCGAUGACGAGGACCCAGACGAUCUGAAGACCCCCAGGAGCAGUGAAAACUCUGAAGAAAGUAAGAGGCUACUAAAACCUGCCUUGUUAAUUCUGUAGGUCCCAAAGAAUGGGAACGUAAGAUGAUGAAAUAGAGAAAAGGAACAGGAGGAAGAGGAAAAGAAGGAAUAAGAGUUUUUGAUAAGUGGGUUUAGUGAC